UCCUCGCGUAUUCUGAUACCACUGGUCAUCAGGCACCGACUGCGCUUAGGCUAUUUGAUCGCACCAGAAAGUGGACGCAGAGAGUCACCGGCGUAAAGAUGCCCAGGGGAUUUUUGGUAAAAAGAAGCAAACGGACUUCACCAGCAUCUUAUAGGAUGCGCGAUGCGGAGAGAGACUCGUCUAAAGUGGAUCAACCCCAACAGACAGAGGGACAGACCACCAUGGCCAUUGCAUGUUCAGAUAUGCGACAUCCCGGAGAUGUCAGAGAAUUGUGGACGAGUGUUCCUGCAGAAACGGAGCAGGCACAGCUUUCCGAAAGCGCAGAAAAAGCAGAAAGGCGGUUGGUGUCCUCUGACAACAUACAGGAUAAUAUCGACAACUCCGGCCAUGAGUCGCCGGGUCGAGCUGAUGCUUCAUACAGCCCGAUCAAGCCAGUCGGUACAGAGGUUAAAAAAUCGUUCUCUGAACGGUGUCUGAGGUCACCAGCGAUGGCAGAGUCCUUCCCAAUGGGCGCCCCCGUGCCUUCAAUGGAACGGUUACUGAUGAAUCACUCGCCCUUCCCGCCUUCAGACAUUAAAUUCGACACACCUGUUCACCUGUACUCGCCGCUUCAUCAUGUAAUGAAACGACCAUACCUGGAUUCAGAUCGCAAAGGCAAACCGAAUAAAAAGCCCAAGGUGAUUAGGAAACUGAGUUUCGAAGAUGAGGUGACCACCUCACCUGUGCUGGGGUUGAAGAUAAAGAAAGAAAGUCCGGAGUUGAAAGCUGCGUCCUCUUCUGGGAAUAAGAAACCACUAGGUGAGUUCAUCUGCCAGCUGUGCAAGGAAGAGUACCCUGACCCAUUUUCACUCGCACAGCACAAGUGUUCAAGAAUUGUCCGCAUAGAGUACCGCUGUCCUGAGUGCGAUAAAGUUUUCAGUUGCCCGGCCAACCUGGCAUCCCAUCGCAGGUGGCACAAGCCUCGUCCGGUUAAUGGCGAAUCCCAAAGCAGCAAGAAAUCUCAACUGCCAGUAGACCAUAGCACCGAUAAAAAAACCACAGAGGGGAAAGAGAACGCCAGCAAGAUACUGGUUAACGAUCAGCACCACCCCUCCCUGGAUAGCUCCCAGUUCCCAAUUCAACAACAGCGGUCAGUGGACGGCGCCUCAAGGCAAGAUCAGUUGCGCCGAAAGCCGCAGGAAUUUUCCGCGUCUGUAGACCAGAAUUAUAAAGUUCAAGAAAGCUGUUUCGACCUUCAUCUGAGAGCUAGCGACGGCACGAUGUUGCUGGGAUGCUCAGAAAUUGCGGAUGCGACCAUCGCUACUUACUUGCCUUCUAGCGCAAGCGAGGAGGUUUACGAGUGCCGCUACUGUAGCAAGAAAUUCCGAAGGCAAGCAUACCUAAGAAAGCAUAUCGCUGCACAUGAAACAAUUAGGUCUUCUUCUUGCCACCAGAUAGAAAGUGGGCAAAUCACAUUUCCUUGUCAUCUGUGUGGGGCCCAUUUUCCUUCGUCGGAAAUAAGGGAUAAACACCGGUUGUGGCACGCCGUGAGAGAAGACAUUCUCGUGAACCCGGGAAAGAGUGUGAACACUUUAGUCCGACCAGACCUCAUGCAAAGAGAGCAACAGAUAUUUACUUGUAAACACUGUCCUUCUACUUUUUUCAGUUCGCCUGGUUUGACUAGGCAUAUUAACAAGUCUCACCCGACGGAGAACCGGCAGGUUAUGCUGCUACAAAUGCCCGUAAGGCCAGGUUGCUAACUUUGCAGAUGUGUUCAGGUAGCCAACAGUAGGCUAAAUAUAAAGUAUUAAGUACAGUAUUUCUUACGUGUGUGAAUUCAGUUAUUGCAUAUGGCAAACUAAAACCGCAGAGUAGCCUACACGAACUGGCAUUAUAUUUCUUCCAGUACGUGAACAGCGGGAAAUUCAAACUAUUGUAGCCAAGUAAAGUAUUUUUUACUCGAACGACAAACAGGCAUUUAUAGGCUAUUGGCGUGGUGUAAAGUUUGCAAUAAAAUUCAAUACUCUGAAUAGAUUCAUGUUAAUAUCAAAGUGUAACUACAUAAGAAGGACUGUGGCCACUACAAUCAAGAUUGACAAUACGUCGUUCAACUAUUUUAUUUUUAUUCUCACUCGCCUAGACCUAUAAAUGACUUCGGAUAAGGGGUCAGGAAAACAGAGAAUUCAUACGGUAUAAGCAAAUAUAACCAGACCAAGACGUCUUGAACCAUUAAUUGUAGUUCCUAUGGAAAUUUAACGUGCUUGUUGAGUAUAGUUGUAGCGAUUAUUUUACAAACAAUUAACUAAUAACAUUUAUUUUCCUAUACAGAAAUAAUGGAACUUAAUUGUAACCGUGGUAUGCAAGUGUUUGUGAAAGAAAACUCGGUAUUUAUUUCCACAUCAAAUGAUUUUCUGAAUACUGCCUACAGCGCAAUCAUUUUAAUAUGUUGUACUGCAAGAAAAUUACAUUGUAUAUUUAUAUUUUAAUAUGUGGUGAAUAUGAAAUGUACCCAUCAGAAAACUGUUUUAAAUAAGGUAUUAUGUUAACCAAAGGUUAAUAAAGCAAUUGUAGACACUGA